UAGGAUGCGUUCACACCAAAAAAGGAGUAAUUUGAGUGUGUCAUUAUGAUUAUUAUUAUGAAAAUAGGAAGUGUGGUUACCCAACAGGAUUUUUUAUAUAACAAGAGAUCUACAACUGACUGUGUAUACAUGUGUGAAAUCGCUAGUGUAUAAGUGUUAUUUAAUUUUAACAUUUUUGAUAGAUACCCUACAGCAAUUAAAAUUCGUUCAUCAGUGAAUGUUAUCGGGAUUAUUUAUUACACAAUUCUAACAUGGCUAAGUAUCAAGCAAUUAAAAUGAAGGAUGUAACAUUUCAAAUGGAUGCUUAUAAUAAGGCAGACACCAUGACAGAACAGUUGGUGUGUGAUGGUAUUGAUCUGAAGUGGAUGGCUGGAGGGGACUCUGAUGAUGAGGAAGAAUUAGAAAUUUCACCCACUACAAAGUUUCAUGAGAAGAUGUCCUGUAGAGGGAAAGUGAGGAGACUUUUAUUAAGGAAAGCCAGAUCAAGAAUUAUAUUUACGUUUUUUGACGUAGUUGUGAAGGUCCUGUGUUGUGUGUUAUACUUUGUACGAGUGCAGACUGAUGAUAUAAACAGAUACAAGUGUGGCGGUAGUAUGUGCCUUAAUGGUACAGAGCCGGAGGUAUCUAUAUCUAAUGAAGAGGACGGCAUGAAAUUUACCUCGUCAGAAAUUAAUUGGCAUGUAUUAUUGUGGGUGCAUCGUCCCUUACCCUUGUGGAUUGUACAAGUUGUUUUAGCUGUAGCUUCUUUUAGUAAAACAUUACUUUUAUUAUUUAUCACAAAGGAGAAUAAACUUGAACAAAUUACAAGUUUUCUAUUUGUGAUGGAAGUCAUUUGUUCAUUGCCUUUUAUUGUUACGAUAUUUUAUCCAGUUAUUUUAAUGAAUUUAUAUGUUCCUGCAUUUUUAAAUUGUUGGUUGUUAAAGAGUGCCAUUGAACGGUUGUUUAAUGAUCUGCAUUUUGCUAAACAAAGAUUCCAGACGAUCUCCACGACGAUGUCACAACAGAUUUUUAUUCUCAUCAUUGCAAUGAUCUGUAUAUUUUUUACCACAAUAUGUGGAAUUCAGCAUUUACAAAGAGCCAGCUUAGAAAAACCAUUAACAAUGUUUGAAUCUUUAUAUUUUACUAUUGUAACAUUUUCUACCGUUGGUUACGGGGACAUAUCUCCUGAUAUUUGGCCUGGACAGUUAUUCAUGGUUGUUAUGAUUUGUGUGGCAAUAGCCUUUAUACCCAGACAGAUAGAAAGAAUAAUAACAACAUUUAUGGAGAGACAGAAGACUGGUGGUAAUUAUAGUAAGAGGCAGGCGUUACGAUCUAAACAUGUAAUUGUCUGCUGUCAAUUUCUCACAUCAGCUAGUGUUAUGAAUUUUCUGACAGAAUUCUACGCUCAUAGAAAAUUACAGAAUCAUAUUGUUAUACUGUUAUGUCCAGUUGAUCCUGAGAGUGACAUGCAUAUGAUUCUACGUGAUCCUAAAUGGUCGAAUCGUGUGAGGUACAUGAAGGGAUCAGCUCUCAAAGACAUAGAUCUGAUGAGAUGCAGGAUAAAUGAGGCUGAAUGUUUGUUUUUAUUAUCUCCUGCAGAAAACAGCAACAAAGAACAAGCAGAUCAACAGAAUAUUCUAAAAUCCUGGGCUGUGAAGGAUUUUGCCCCAAAUUGUAAUCAGUAUAUUCAGCUGUUUAGAGCUGAAAAUAAAAUGCAUGUGAAGUUCGCAGAACAUGUUGUAUGUGAGGAUGAGUUUAAGUAUGCUUUAUUAGCCAAUAACUGUCUGUAUCCUGGGAUAUCUACUUUAGUGUCUCUACUACUACAUACAUCAACGGGAUAUGAGGGAGAUUUAGCCAGUGAACCAUGGCAACAAGUUUAUGGGAAACACUCUGGUAAUGAGAUAUACCAUAUACAGCUUUGUUAUAGUAAAAUAUUUAAUCAGUUUGAGAACAGAAAGUUUACAGAAGCAUCUGUAGAGGUUCAUGAAAAGUUUGGUGUAACAUUGUUAGCAGUUAUGGAUGUUGAUGAUAGUAUAACUAAUGAGGAACCUAAGAUACAGCUGAAUCCAGGACCAUCAUAUAUCCUGAAGAAACAUGAUUUCUGUUUCUAUAUGUCUGUGUCUAAGGAAGAAAAUACAAACAUUGCUAAUAUCAAAAUAGAAAAAAAUGAUGUAUCGCAAAGAGAGAAAAAUUAUGAAAAAAUUGCCCAAGAAUUACAGAGGAUGAUCAGUGACCAGUAUAACGACACAAAUGAAAUUGAACAGGAGGAGGAGGAGAGUGUGUUUAAUACCUUGACCAGUAUCUCAGGUGGUCAAGUAGGGGCCAAACUAAGGGACCUCAAUAGAAGUAACAUUGGGGAUAAUGAGUUAAGAGUUGGUGAUGAAGACCAGACAGACUCAACAGGAAAUGCUACAGAUGCCAGUGAAAGAGAGUUAACAGUAGGAAGACCACCAGCAACAUUUUUUGUGGGACCAAAGAAUGCUGAUUGUCACCUUAUGAAAGUUAUGAGAAGUAAAUGCUGUCUAAAAUGGGGAGAGGAUUGUAUACAUGUCAAUGACAAGAAUGCCAAUGCUCCGAGAUGGGGACAGAAUUUGAUAAUUUUGACAGCUCAGCGUAUUAACCAAGGAUUGUAUAACUUCAUCCUACCAUUGAGAUCAUGUUUUAUCAGCAUUAAAUCACUCAGACCAAUAAUACUCAUGUUUGAGGAGGACGAACCAAGCAAGCUAUUUUUAGAAACAAUAGCCCAUUUUCCACAUGUUUACUGGAUGAAGGGUAAAUUAGUCUGUAUAGAUGACUUGUUAACUGCCGGCAUCAACAAAGCUAGUCAUUUGAUUGUUGUAAACAGAGAAAUAACAGCUGAUCCAUCACAGAUGGUGGACGCUGAAACUAUUGUCAAUGUACAAACCAUCCAUAAAUUGUUUCCCAAUAUCAACAUUUUAACAGAGCUAUCAGAGAAAGACAACAUGAGAUUUAUGCAUUUUCAAGCCAACGACGAAUACACCUUAAACAUUUCCAGGCUGGAAAAGAAACUAAAGGAACACAACUGUAUACUGACCCAUUUGUUUAGAUUACCAUUUGCUGCUGGACAUGUGUUAAGUGGAGCUAUGUUAGACACUCUUUUAUACCAAACAUUUGUAAAAGGAUAUUUGAUUAAGUUUGUCAGGUUAUUACUGGGAAUAGAUGCAGAACAGAAUUCUGGUCAUUUAUCAAGUAUCAAAGUGAAAAGACAAAUUCUUGCCAAAUAUAGAACCUAUGGGGACUUGUAUAAAGGAUUGUGUACAAUUACUGGGGAAAUUCCCAUUGCUAUAUAUAGAACAGAGAGAAGAAAACGUGCAUACAAUGAUUUAGAUGAGACUUCAGCAGGAGAGAACAAUAAUUCCAAACAAGGGAGGAGUGUAGAACGUAAAGUAACAAUAAACGUCAGACAUUUCUAUGAGCGAUCAGAACAGAACGAUGUGACGGAAAUAAUCAGAAAUCGUAUGAAGUCAUUACACAUGGAUGAAGAUAGCUAUGGUGGAGGUGAACCAAUAAAGACAGUCUCCUACAUUAUACUGAAUCCUACUCCUAGCAGGAAACUGAAGAUGGGAGAUCUCAUAUACGUAAUACAGCCAAGUUCAAUGUUUGCAGUACCAAGUCGACUGACUAAGAAACCAAUUCGUAGAAUGUCGUGGGCAUCAGCUAGAGAUGCUGCCAGUCUGUUCCACACCAAACGUGAUCGUAGUAAAUCAAUCGAUCCGGACUUGGCAUCUCAGACCAUUCAUGAAAUAUCUCAUCGUAACUCUGGGGACGAACACCAUGAAAUAACAACAACUGAUGUUGCCAAAAAAAUCAAAAGUAAAGUUUUCGUAACAGAAAAAGUGAAAGAACUUGAUAUGGUGUGAAUGCUGCAGACUUUAUGAUGUUGGCAUCAUGUGACACUUUGGCAUCAUGUUGCACUUCGAUAUCAUGUGUCACUUUGCCAAAGUUGGGCAUAAUGUGACAUAUUGGCAUCAUAUGACACUGUAAUGUCAUGUGACUUUGGCAUUGUGUGUCACUUUGGGAUGAUAUGACUCUGACAUCAUGUGACACUUUGGUAUCAUGUGACUUUAGCAUCAUGUAACAGUUUGGCAUCAUGUGACACUAUAAUGCCAUGUUACUUUGGCAUAACAUGAUGGAGGCGAGAGUUAUUUUAGUGUUUUGUAGUGAACAAUGAUAGUCAUGCUUUGGUUGAUGGGUAUACUAUGAGCUGCUUAUGUUUACGUAGAAUUAUAUGUAUCGUAAGUGUAUAGGAUCUGACCGCAAUAAAUUCUGGAGAUAUGUUGAUGCUACACUGGUAGAAGCUAAUUGAAUAGCUUGUCUAAAGUUAGCUGAAUAAAAACAAACGUUACAGAAUAUUGGACAUUAUUAAGUUUGUACUAACUGCCUUGUGCAUUCAUUUUGUCCAUUUAUAUGGUAAAGAUGUCAUAUGAGCUUGACCAACACAGAAUAGAUCGAUUGGACAUGUUGAAUGAUUUCGGGAGAGACAGUAUUAAACCUUAACAAAAUGCAUGUAGCUUUAGUAUGCAAUAAAUGGCUGAACACUGAUUCUCCGUAAUGUUUGAACUAUCCUGAUCACAACAUCUGCUAUUUUAAUGUAGCUGUGUGAUGGCAGAUAAAAAGGCAUAAUUUAUAACAGGUUUGAAAACUAGAACCUUUUCAUUAUUAUAUGAACAUUACGUUGUUAGACAACAUUUAUAUUAUUACUGUUUCUAAUUAGAAUAUUUUCAAUUUUCUAGAGGCAAGAAUAAAAAGUGAAAGUAG